AUGACUUCCUUCGGCAACGUCCGAUGCGGCGAGGUCCCCUCCCUCCACGCCCUCACCGUCUCUCCCAACGUCCUCGGAUCACACACCAUCCCCCCGACCGCAACACUCGUCCGCUACAUCACUGUCCCGCCCACCGGCCCCGACGUCUACGUCAUGGAGGUUGCCAGCGCCCCGAACGUGCAGUUCCUGUUCAACUUCUGGCGUCCCAGGGCCGCACUCGACUGCUUGACUGCGGAUUUACGCGACACGCCCGCCGGCCGUGCUGCUGCUAUGGGCUCGUUCACCGAAGCGUGCAGGACGUCGGACUACCAUGGCACCGUCCCAGAACUCCACGCCCUCCGCCUCUUCCCCUCCCUCCUCAGGCCCAACACCAUCCCCGACAACGCAACACUCAGACGAGAAAUCAAGAUCUCGUCCACUAGUCCCACAAUGCACGUUCACGAAACAGCUAGCAUCGGCGACGAGCUGUACAUCUUCUUCUACCCCUGGACCAGUAGGGGCUUUGGCUACUUGUUCAGGGAGAUGAGCCCUAGCAAUGACAGAUCGUACCUUGACUUGGUGCGUGCGGCGCUGGACAAUCCGACGGGGUUCAUGAACUUGCAGGGUGUUACGGUGUUGAGGGAGUCUCGUAACAUGAUGGCGUAUCAUGUGGCUAGCUGCUAUUUCACGAAGGAGAAUCUGGAGGAUGAUUAUGCGGCAUCGUCAAGCCAAGUCCUUCCAACUGCGCCUUGA